GAGCAUCACACCAUGCGACAGUCUUCACCGUAGCUGGGAGCACAUCCGUGGUGCCUCACACUAUCGUUCUCAUUUCAUCACCAAAGUCAGUCUGAGUGCAUUUAGGACCAGAAGCCCAUUGCUGCCGGCAUCUUUUUCAAAUAGACUGAGCAACAUUCAGAAGAGGAUAUAUCCGGGAGAACCUAUGCCCAAGUAAAAUACAGCUUCAUCACUAAUUCAAGCAAACUCUUUGGCAACAACACAUCGGAUUCAUCGACUUACCAGGCUAAAAAUGCCACUUUUUGGCUGGAUGAAAUGGCCAAAAUAUGAUUCCUACAAUCCCACACACUAUCCUGGCUCCGAUGUAGUGACAAAGACUCUGCUUCGGGAAUUAAAGUGGCAUCUGAAGGAGCGAGAGAGAUUAAUACAAGAGAUCGAAAAUGAGCAAAAAGUGAAAAAAACAGGUGUGGAUUAUAACUGGCUGAGAAACUAUCAGAAUCCCCACACAACCAUCCCAGCUACUGAACAACGACAACUUGAAGUCCUUUGCUCACAAAUUCAGCCUUGUCAAACUGGAACUAUUCUCAGCAGAUUUCGAGAAGUUUUAGCAGAAAAUGAUGUACUGCCAUGGGAAAUAGUCUACAUCUUCAAGCAAGUUCUGAAAGAUUUCCUAAAUAGUACUGACAAAGGUAACCAACAAGAAGGCCCAGAAGAGUCAGGGAACACGGACUGUCCUAUUCCUUCUGUGAUUCCAGGUACAAGCUCCAGGAGUUCAGACAAAGAUGAAAUACCCACCAUUUCCAGUUAUGUGGACAAAACCACAAAGAACAGGUUCCCAGCAUUCUCACAUAGAAUAUGGAACCUACCAUAUUAUUAUCCAUCAAGUUAAGUUACUUAUAAAUCAGAGCAGUUUUUAUAGCCAUCUUUAGAAGCAGAAUUCUUAAUAUUAAUACGAAAAUGUAAUGUAAUGUAAUUUCUCUGUUGCAAAGUCAGAUGUUAAGUAGUUUUUAACUAUGCAUUCUGUGUUUAAAGUGCUCCUUUUUUAUCCACUCUAAAAAUGCAAUGUUUUAUUCAACUGUACACUUUUAACUAAAAUGAUUGCUAACAUUUUGAAAAAAAUGUUUGAAGUAUUUUCUUAUACCUCAAACACAUCUCACAAGAACAAGUAUGGACUGGACAAAUUCUGUGUGAAAAUUAGACAUUAACCUUAACUUUUAUUCUGAAAGGAAGCUAUGUAGAGAAUAAAAUAAAUGAUUGAUAUGAA